AUGCCAGGUAAUGCUGAGAUUUAUAUGAACGCCUUGGCUGUUGCUCUGGCAACAAGAGUAGCGCUUGAACGUGUACAAAACAAGAAGCAGGAGGGUGACUUCAUGCUACGGAAGCAAAACAAUACGAGGCAGAUCGAGCUUAAAAGUUUAAGUAUUUUACAACUAUUGGACUUGUUGGUAUAUCCUGAUCUUCACGCCAGGAGGAUGCAGGCAGCCCCUAUUCGAAUCCCAACUGGUUCUUGGGAUACACCCAUCUUGGAAGUGCACAGGCAGGAAGAAAAUAAUAACCACAGUGGUAGUAUCCUUACUGAAAGAUCCAGUCAAGACAACAUAUCAACAAGAAGUCUUCAAGAAGCACCCCAAAGUAAGUGGGCACAUGGACCCACCCCAGAGGAGAAACUAUUGAUAGCGCAAGCUAUGGCUGAAGAGUUUAUUCAAAAUGAAGAGGUCCCAAGAGCCAUGAAUGAGCUGAUACGAUGUGUAGCUUUGUCCAGGCUAGUUUAUGGGGAUGGACACUGGCGGCUUGCUGAGUCAAUUGCUAAUGUUGCUCAUGGAUACUUGAAACUUCAGGGACUUCCUGCCCAGGCAAAGCAGCAUGCCGAGUCAGCCAGAGAUAUUAUGCUGGGUGGAGUAGAUUUCCCAGGUCCUGAAAUGGAGAAGAAAGAACUGCUGAACACUCUAAUAACCACAUACUACAGUCUGGGGAUGGCUCACCUCAUCCAGAAAAAUGUGCAGGAAGCUCAUCGUAAUCUACAGAAAACUGAGAAGAUCAUGGAGGAGUUGCAGCGACUGAACAGAACUGAGGAUCAGUCACAACGAGUCUCAGAAAAAGAUGUAGCAGAGGCUCUGGCCAGGGUUUCCAUUUUACAGAACAAACCAGCCUCUGCUGUAGUGUUUUUUGAAAAAGCUGCUUCUCAUGUGAUUGCCAAUCAAGGGCAGGACAGCCCAGAACUAAUCAAGAUUUACCAGGAAAUGGCAAAAGCUGAACAGAUGAGAGUCCGACAUGAAGAGGCCAUAGAGCACCUACUUCAGGCUCACUCAAUGGCUGUAGCCCUUUUCAAGAAGGACAGUACUGAAGCAGCUCAAGCAGCAUUAGUACUGGCAACUGGCUAUGUUGCCGCUGGAAAAGAAACAUACAAUAAGGCUGCAGAACAGUAUUUUAAUGAAAGUAUAAGUACAUAUCAGUCUGUACUGGGUCCAGAAAACCCACAAACUAUGUAUUCGGUGGAUGGUUACAGUAACUGGCUGAUUCAAACAGGAAGGCAGCAGGAGUCUUAUGAACUACUAAGAAGUACAUUACAGUCCAGGAAAGAAGCUUUUGGUGACUACAGUGAUUCCAUGGCUGAAACCUAUAGUGUCAUGGGCAGCAUUACACUUGCAGGAGGAGAAGUAAAAAAAGCAUACAAACUCCUCAGAAAGUGUCUAGAAAUUCAGAUGAUAUUGUGUGGGAGUCAGCACAGAAAAACAAGACAGACUCAACAACUGUUGGACAUGCUACAGAACUGUAAGCACAAACAACAGAGCAACAAACAAUCAGAAUUGAACAAGGACCCCUAAAGAUCACUGGAAAUGGCAGGUUUAAAAAAAACUCUUCAAAUUCACCAAUCCCACCUUUAUAAAAAAAGAAAAACAAGAAAAUGUUGUUGAUUAUCAAACUUAAUAGCUGUCAUUACUAUGUAUGUGGAUACAAGUGCAUUAUGGAUAUGUUUAGAGAACUGUAUCGAUUUGAAAUGACCAUGGUAUCGGAGAGGGGACCCAGCCUGGACAUGGCCAUUACUGGUCGAUGAAGCGUGAUGAGGCAAACUAGCCCCAACCGAAUCUCCACCUGUACCCCCGUGGAGCGCACAAGACAAUGCUGCAGUCUCUGUAGGUCCUCAGCCAAGGCUGGCAACAUUACAUCCAGCAUGUGUUUUUGUGGAAUUCUCACAUAUAAAAAUAGAAGUGUGCCUAGACUCUUUCAGCAUCUGUUGUUUAUGACUGUGAAAUGUGUUUUAUAUAAUACUAUAACCAAAUUGUUUUCUGAAAAGGGCUUCAAAUGGUGGCAAUAUUUUUUCAUUAAAAUUACCCCACCUGACCCCAAACAGAUUAACAUAGCAUGUAAUGUGCAGCACAGAAUGUGGAAGGCUGCAGUGCCGUACAUUACAUACUUAAAUGAAUUGAUUGAGACAGUGAAUAGAGGAGACCAGAGCUAGUUGAGACAGGUUCUUACAAGACGAUGAAGUUUCAUUACAUAACUCGUUUUCUACACUCACCCUGUCAAACAUUCUUAUUUUAAACAUCUCUGAGCCAAGGGUUGAAUUUAAAUCUUAGGUCAAAUAUUGCAGAAUCUACUAAGUUAACUGAGAUGUGACUGAUAUGCCUUUUAUGGGGGGAUGAUCAUGAAUGUUUAAACAGUUUUUCAUUAAAAGGGUUCUGCUUCUGUUUUUCAUAUUGCUCAAUUUACCCUGUCUUCUUGUAUUUUUUAUUUAUUUUUUUGUUGACCCCAUACUAUGUUUAUCACCUUAUUACGUGGGGUAAAUUGUGACAAAACAUAAUUUAUUUAUUUUUUAUCAUAUUGGAUCGCAGUGCCAAUAUCUGAAAAUCAAGCUAUGUAUGAUUCUAUGAAUUAUACUUUUUGACUCCUGCGUUCUUUACCUAUAUAGUGACUCCCCGGAAGCGAUCACACUGAUGUGAUUGGCAGCAGACAAAAGAAAGACUGACACGCUCAUUGAAUGCUUAGGCAGUUUAUUGGUUUAUUGUUUCAGAACACUGUUAAACUGUUAAAGCGGGGGUGGGGUGGGGUCACAACAGGAGAGCCUCCCCCCCCCUUCUCACGUGACCAUCACCGCCCACUGUCCACCCCAUAUUUACACAAGCAUACACCUCUAACCCCCACCCCCCCAGUCGCUCCCCACAUUUAUAACAGCCCCCAGCCCCCCAUCAUGUUUAAUUUUAAUUACCCAUUUUCCUCAGUUAAGUGUUACCCGUGAUCCUAUGCCCUAUGCAACUAAUUUGCAUAGCGCCCCCGGUCCCAUACAUGUCACACUGCCCCUUUCUUAUAUCCUUUUGAUUUGUUGCCAAAAAUGUAAACCCUGGAUGCAUUAUUUCUGUGUAGGACUUGGAAGUUGCUCCAGAUGUAUUCUGCUGUCCAAAAUGUGGUCCAUAAUUUUUAUAUUAUUGCAUACACAGUAAAACACGCAUAUAAAUGAUGAUGGUUCUUGUAUGUAUUUAUCUUGCUCUUAAUUGUAUUAUCACUUGUACUGUGAUCCUUGAAAUGUAUUUUUGUUUACGACUGUAAGUCGCCCUGGAUAAGGGCGUCUGCUAAGAAAUAAAUAAUAAUAAUAAUAAAAAAAAUUGUUCCUUGAUUUCAUAUUGAAGUUCAGUAAAAUAAUUAAUCUAGCAUAAUUCUGUUAACGGUAAAGUAGUAUUUUAUGUAAGGACUGGGAAUCACCAACCCGCUUAAGUGUAAUCUCCGUUUAAGUGUAAAUAUUUCAGAAAAAUCGAUUAUUAUUAUUAUUAUUAUUAUUAUUAUUAUUAUUAUAUUUUAUGUGUUGCUGGUCCCUAAAUGGCAAAACAUGCCGGUUUGUAGGAAAUUGUCUGAAUAGACUACUAAUUAAAAA